AUGAAAUCAUCAAUUGAUAAAUUAGUUGAUGAAGGUUUUGAAGAUGAGUAUGUACAUGUUGCAGGCGAUUUUGGAGGACGAGAGCGGAUUGAAAGAUUUAGUUUUGAUGAGGUUGUUAUGGCUGCCGUUUAUAAUUAUUUUGUCAAAAUGGAUACUCUUUGGAAGGAUUUUAUUGUUUAUGACGACGAUCGCGUUAGUAGUAAAGAAGAGAAAGUGAUUGAUUUAGCUAGCAGCUUGGUUUCAAAGAGUAUCGACUUAAACGACAAUAAUAACGGACAAUUGUCCGUGGAAACCGUUAACAAGUUAGAAUACUGCGAAGCAAUGAUUCAAGAAGUUGGACUUGCAAUACAACAGAAUGAGGCCGAUUGGAAAGAUGCCAAAGCUUUUAACCUUGAUCGUUUCCGUGGAUCUGAUAGAACCAUCAAGGAACAUAGUUUAAUGGUUUUGGUGACGGAUUGA